CAUGCGUUGAAGUGAAAUCCCCAUCACCAUCCUGACCAACAUAUGGCAAGUACCUCAGUGUCACUGUGUGGGAUGUCUCUUGGCUACAUUCUCUUCCCCAACUGAUUCAUAUAUAUCUUCAGAAGCAAGAAUUCCUUUGGAGGAAUAUGGCAUCAGUGUGGAUGCUGGUUCUCUUCCUGACAGUAACCCUCAUAGCGCUCUCAAGCAAUGGUGCUGUGGCACAGCAUCCCCUGAAAAGAAUCGAAGACACUAACCUUCAUGUAGCCUCACAAAGAAAGUAUGCGAGGAAUACCAUAAAAGCGUGGACAAAGAACAGAGGGACCGGACCAAGGGAAGACGACGGCCCUGGACUCCCUUCUAUAUUGGAGCUUACCAGGAACAGUAUGAGGAUAUCACACGAGAAAAGGAUGGAGGCCACUGACAGAUCAAACACACAAAACACAAGAAAUGGAUUCACUGAUCGGCCUCCACUGAAGAAGCAGGGUAAGACUCCUAGUUCAACUUUUUGGGCUGAUACUGGUCGCGUAUUUAUGACAGGUAGACAAGAUGGCGGCCAUCGACAAUCAUCAAGACCAACACCCAACAAGAGAACGUCCAGGAAGAGCCCAUUUCACCAAUCAUAUGACAUAAAGACUUCUACUCAAGUGAACACCACUGUCCCAUCGGCUGUUGAGAUAAGUGCUGAAUCAAAUUUUUGCAAUAUGAGCCAUAGAGGUCUGCGGUCAGUUCCCCCAAUUUCAAGAUGCCAUACCCUUGAUCUGAGUCACAACAGUAUCAGUCGUAUUUCAAAUGCCUCUUUCCCUGUGCCACACACUGAACUUCGUGUCCUGGUGUUAAGGAACAACAUUAUCAACAGUUUUGACAUCGGUGCUUUCGUGAAUACUUCCAACUUACAGAUACUGGAUCUUAGUUUCAACUACCUGUCAUCAUCUGAGUUCUUCCCAGAGUUUGUCUUCAGACCUUUAGAAAGUCUCCUAACCCUCUACCUGCACGGCAACAUGGGCACUUCACCAGCCAACAAUGCCGAGUAUCCCGACAGAGCUUUAUCAAUGCUGAAGAGGCUGAGGAACCUUACACUGGAUGGAUAUGAAAACAUCGCACUGGGGCCUGGUUUCAAAUCACUAACAUCUUUACAAUACCUGGCCUUUGGGAAAGAGGGGAAAUCAUGUUUCACUAAAGCUCUAUAUAAUGACACGUUUCUGUACAUUACAGGUCCUUUGAAAGGUUUAAAUAUGUCAUACUGCAACUUGCAAACAAUUCAAAACGACUCAUUCUCAGGGUUCACCUGGCUUUUGUAUGCUGACUUUAACCACAACAUUAAUUUGAAUAUGAAUAUGGUAUUUGGAGCCCUUUCUAAACACCAACUACGUUAUCUGGGAUUAGGAAGCCUCAAGCAAAUUGAUACGCGUAUGACGUUUACCAGUUCUCACCUUUUCCCCUGCAUCAAGGAUCUAGAUUUAUCCAACGACAGUAUAGUUUACAUCGAACCAACGUUUAUAAGCAAAAUCUUAUCACCUUGUCUGACAACAUUGUCUCUUCGAAAUAACGCUCUGAACAGUUCACAGAGCACAAAGGCUCUUCUAACAGCUCUUGGAAAAGUACCUCAUCUUACAUAUCUGGAUUUUUCGUCUCAGAGGAGAUCAUCUAAACGGUACAUCACGGAUAAAGUCAAAAGUUUCAAUUCAAACAAAAGUAGCAUACAUACAGAACAGACAUUUGUAAUUCCAAAUAUGUUAUAUUUUGCUAACUUCAGUCAUUCCUACACUGGAUCCUCUGAAAUUUCCGGAAGUUAUAAAGUCGUCGGAGCCAAAGGAUUGAGAAUCCUGGACAUAUCCAGCAACCCUUUCAACUGUAGAAGUCAAAUUGAAGGACUGGAGUCCCUUCUUUACCUGAACAUGUCUCAAUCCAACUGCUACAGAAUCAAUAUGAAACUUUUCAAAACGUUCACUAACCUGAUAGAGCUGAGACUUGACAAUUCACAUCUGGAUGUUGGUUUUCAGGAUGUAAAGGAUCACACACUCUUAGCUCCUCUAAAAAGUCUAAUAUCCAUUUCCAUGGCACAGAACAAUUUGAAAAAUCUUCCUGAAGACCUUUUCACGUGUAACCAGCGUCUCUCUUCUAUAAACCUGUCACGAAACAAGUUAACCGCCAUACCUAUGACGUGGUUGAAGCUACCGAUCCUUCGUGAACUCGACUUGUCCUACAACGACAUCAAAGUUAUUGGGCAUCCAGUCAGGGAACAACUUGAAAGUUUGGCCAUGAACGGGACCUUCAAACUACACCUUAAAGGCAAUUUAUUGUCAUGUGGUUGCAAUGAGCUCGAGUUUGUGAAAUGGAUAACAUCAACGAAAGUGAGUCUUGAUAAUGAAGAUGGUUAUAAUUGCAAAAUGCCCAAUGGCUCCAUCUUUAAUACACGGUUACUUAACGACGCGCUGGGAGAAAUGGAACUGACGUGCAUGGGUCCAAUGUUGAUGAUAAUUGUCAUCUGUAUCACUGUUCCACUCAUCGUUGGAUUGCUUUUUGUGUCCCUUUGUUACAGAAAUCGAUGGACUCUGAAAUACAUUUGGCUCAAAAUGAAAAUGAAAUGGGGUGUGUAUGUCCCUCUAAUUGAACCAACUGAUGGUAUAAGGUACGAUUUGUUUGUUUGCUAUAGUCAUCAUGAAACAGAAUGGCUGAUACUGACCCUUGUGGCAAAGCUUGAGACAGAGCUCGGUUUCAAGCUUGCGUUCUACGAUCGGGAUUUCCUCCCGGGGAAUUACAUCAGGGAAGAGGUUGUUGAGAAACUGUAUGCGAGUCGAGCAUCUUUGUUCGUUAUCACCGAAACCUACCUGGAGUCUUCAUACUGUGAGUUCGAGUUUCAGAUGGUGGCGCUGAGGUCCCUUGAAAAACUCAGUCAUAAGAUAUUUGUCAUCAUCAAGGACAACAUUCCAAUACAUAGACUUCCCUUCUUUCUCCAGAACAUGUGGAACAGGGUCGUGUGUCUCCCAUGGACUGACGAUGAGACAGGACAAGCUGAACUUUGGCGAAAGCUGGACACAGCGCUUAGAAAGAAUAGACCUACAAUUUUAGAAGCGGAACCAGGAGGUGCCUCGACGGAGGAAGACCAGGACGUGGAUUGUGGGGUCCAGCACGAAACUGGACCUGCGGGGAUCCCGUCUCCUGUUAUGGACCUGAUUUCCAUUAACAGUCAGCCGUGGCAUGAUGUUAGGGCGGAACACGCUGAAGGACCAACUCAUUCGGUUGAUAAUCGGGAGUGAGUGAGUGAGUUAGGUUUUACCUUGGUUUAAGUUAGGUGAGGUUUAUGGGGUUUAACGUCGCGUUCAAGAUUAUUGCACAUAUGUAGCAACAUGCAUGUGUGUGUGCGUAUCCAUGUGCGUGUGCUUGUACUAUUACGGACUAAUUUCGGUGUUUUGGUGCCAGCCCACUAAUAUACCACGCCGCAGUUUAACAAGAAUAUCCCACUCAGACACAGUAUUCUGACUCCGAGACGACCAGUGCUUGUUUUAUCACCUUAAUACUGAGCCAAGGCAGAGUAACAAUAAGUAUAACGCGGCCAGGGGAUCGAACCAACGACCUUCCGCACCCCCGGCAGACGCUCUAUCAACUAGACCACGAAGGCGAUUUUAGUAUUAUUACGUUGCGACACCAGUGAUGCUUUUCACACAUUUAUCAACUUUUUACCAAUCAAAGGUACAAGCGCCUGUUGAGAAACGUCGUUCUGAAUACAGAAGCUGUUUGAUUGUUUGUUGUUUAACGCCGCACUCAGCAAUAUUCCAUCUGUAAGGCGGCGGCCUAUCUAUAAUCGAGUCUGGACCAGAGAAGCCAUCGACAUCAUGAGCAUCGAUCCAUGCAAUUGGGAGAAUAUUUCAGGGAUGUCAAAGCGCGUAAGCUUGAUGGGUCCAACAUUAAGCUGACACGCCGCAAUAUAACUGGAAUACUGUUAAAAGCGGCGUUAAACCCAACUCACUCACGCACUUCGCGUGUUUCUAGACACAAUGUUUAACAGCUGACAGAGGACCGUAUAAGGCAUACAAGCCAGGGAAGAAUUAUGCAAUGUGAUGUACAUAAGGGUGCGUAUACCACCCUAUGUCGUUAGUCGCCUCUUACGACAAGCAUAUGUAUAGUCGCCUUUUACGGCAAGCAUUGGUUGCUGAAAACCUAUUCUAACCCGGAUCUUCACGGAUGGGGUGCGUGCAGACUAUCACCGGGACGUGAUUGUUAACGAUGUAUUGGGUUUCUAGAAAUGUCUGCAAAUUCUUUGCUGGAAAUAAAUUAACAUGCAUGCUUCGCUUAUGCUGA